AUGACCAGAGGAUUUGCGACCAUCACGCCUGAAUGCGAGGUAAUCUUUGACGCAGUCAAGGAGACCGACAAACUAAACUACGUCAUCUACGAGGCCUCCGCACACGACAAGAAGAUCUCCGUCGCAGAGUCUGGCAAAUAUGAGGACUACGCGGACUUUCUCUCUCACUUCAAGGAUGACACUCCUCGCUAUGCAGUCGUCGAGCUUCAGUAUGACUUUCCCGGCGGUGAUAAGCCACGACACAAGCUAGCAUUCAUCACAUGGGUCCCAGAGGGAACGGGCAUCCAUGAUCGAUCCUACUACACCACAAACAAAGAUCAUCUUUUCCGGGCACUUUCGGAUAUCAGCCUCCAUGUCCAGGCAGCUACGCAGGAGGAUCUAGCCCAUGCGAAAAUUCUGAGUCAGUUCAAGGCGCUUUAG